UGUAUAGAUUUGCUGCUUAACUGUAUUGUCAAACAAUGCAGGUCCAGACUCUCGGGCUUCAUGGUCUCCAGUGUCCCACACCAGCCUCAGCACAUUACCUAGUAAAAGUACUGUGUUCUAUGCCAAACCUGACUGACCUGACACUCGCUAGAGAGGCAUACACUGGAGAGGUAUUCAAUGAGGAGUUCUACUCUGCAUUGAAAGCAAAGGCAUCAUCCAUACAGGGUUGUUUUCCUCAGAUCAGGAAGGGAAACUUCAGGCUCAAUGGAGAUGCUCAAGAUGACUUGAACUCAUUUCUUGACACCCUCACAUGUUUGCAAAGGUCAGUACAGUAUAUGUGAUAACAAAACAAAAAUCAGGUAACGGCAUGUAUAUCCCCAUCAUGAAUAGUGCGAUAUAUUAACAAUAUAAUGAGCCUCUAAUGGAAUACUAAGAAAAGCUACAAUGCUGAUACCUCUUCAGGGAGCAUGCAAUAAUGACACUGUUUACCUUUUUAAAAAAAUAAAGAUUUCUUGUCUUACAGUACUGAAUAUUCAGUAACGGCUUUAUUGAACAGAUUCCCUACUCUAAAGUGGAAUCAGUCAACCUAAAUUUUGUUUAAUUUGUGUG